AUGAUUGGUGUAUUGUUAUUUUGUGUUUUAAUGUGCCUCUGCGCAAUAUGGGCGUGGCUUGUGUUUAUUGUGGGUAGUAAACACAAACUGCCCCCUAUGUACCCUGGGCAUAUACCAAUUAUUGGACAUUUGCACCUCUUAAUAGGUGACGGAGUUUAUUUAUGGAAUUUUGCAAAAGUUGUUGCCAUGAAAGCCAUGGAAAAAGGCGGAGUUCUAGUUCUGAUUUUGGGAUACCGAAUAUAUUACGCAAUCACUGAUCCUGAAGACGCAUUGACAGCUGCGAAUGCUUGCCUACAGAAGCACUUUACUUAUGAUUAUGCCAAGCCUUGGUUGGGAGAAGGAUUGAUCACAUCUUCAGGUGAGAUAUGGAAACGUCAUCGCAAGCUGUUGACUCCUGCCUUCAGUCUACCGGUGAUGCUCAGCUUUCUAGAAGUGUUCAACAGCCAAUCACGAAUGCUGGUUGAGAAUUUAAAAACUAGAGUUGGUAAAGGAAAAUUCGAUCACACUGAUUAUUUGAGGAACAACGCUUUGCAGACGUUUUGCUUAACUGCAUUCGGUUUCACAAACGGUUUCGAAGACAAACAGUUCAUUCAGAAAUAUAUGCAAGCUGUAGAUGAGAUCUUGAAUAUUGUAACUCGAAGGUUCCAGAAAUUUUGGCUCCAAAGUCAACUAAUAUUCCAAUUGUGUGGCUAUCAAAAACGCCUAGAUGAAGUUGUAAAGAUUGUCAAUGAUAUGUCUAAUAAGGUGAUACAAAUGAAGAAAGCAGCGAGACUCAACGGUACUGAAUACACUUCAGAUACAAAAUACAAGCCAUUCCUGGACCUUCUGUUGGAGUUAUCAGACGACAAUGCAUUGUCUGACAAGGAGAUCAGAGAAGAGGUAGACACAGCUAUCGUGACUGGCUUCGACACGACUUCGAGCUUACUCAGUUACAUCAUGAUACUGCUGGGAACCCAUCCUGAAAUACAGGAGAAGAUAUAUCAAGAGAUCAAACAAGUAUUCCCAACAGACAGAGAUGUUGAUAAAGAGGAUCUUCAAAAGCUGGUGUACACAGAAGCAGUUAUUAAAGAGAGUCUCCGAGUCUUCACCACUGGUCCAGUCACCUUGAGAUACGUCGACAAGGACGUCAAACUUAAGAACUACACGAUGCGCGCAGGUAGUCAAUGCAUCAUCUUGUUGUUUGGAGCCCACCGUGACCCCGUUUGGGGAAAAGAUGUGGAGCAGUUCCGACCAGAAAGAUGGUUGGAUCCCGACACGCCUGUCAACCCUGGUGCCUUCAUCGGAUUCAGCUUGGGCAAACGAUCCUGUUUGGGCACAACAUACGCCAUGAUCUCUAUGAAGACGACGCUAGUACAUUUCCUGAGAUCCUUCAAGGUGUCGGCCGAUGACAGCAACCUACAACUGAAGAUCGAUUUUCUCUUAAAACCUGUAUCUGGACAUGAAAUCACGAUUGAGCAACGAACUUGA